AUGGCAGCCCACAUCGCGGUGGCGGGCAGCGUGAAUGCCGACUUUGUGUAUCAGCUGCUGCGGGUGCCGCGUGCUGGGGAGACCCUGCCUGCGAAGAGCAUGGCGGUGCACCCGGGAGGCAAGGGCGGCAACCAGGCGGCCGCGGCGGCACGCCUGGGCUGCCCCACCCAGCUAGUGGCACAGGUUGGCCGCGAUGCGCAGGCACAGAUGCUGCGCGGAGCGCUGGAGGGGUGCGGCGUGGACACUAGUCUGGUGCGGGAGGUGGAGGGCCCCACCGGUACCGCCGUCAUCCUUCUGGAGGAGGAUGGCCAGAACCGCAUCAUACUCCACGGCGGCGCCAACACCGCGCCGUGGCAGCUGGGCGAGGAGGCGCGCGCCGCUAUCUCGUCCGCAGGUGCGGUGCUGCUGCAGCGGGAGAUCCCAGAAGCCGUCAACGCCGAGCUGGCGCAUGCGGCGGGCGUUCCCGUGGUGCUCGAUGCCGGCGGCGCAACCGCCCCCCUCAGUCCCGACCUGCUGCGCUGCCUGGCCGUCAUCUCCCCGAACGAGACCGAGCUGCAAGGGCUGACAGGCAUGCCCACCGACACAGAGGAGCAGAUAGUGGCGGCGGCGCAGGUGCUGCGAGGGCAGGGCGUGGGCACCGUGCUGGUAAAGCUGGGCUCCCGCGGAAGCCUGCUCGUAGAUGCGGAUGGCAGCACGUGGCGGCAGGAGGCGCGGCGGGUGGAGAAGGUGGUUGACACGACGGGAGCGGGCGACUGCUUCACCGCAGCCUUUGCUGUGGCGGUACUGGAGGGCAGGCCGUACCGUGAGGCAAUGCGCUUUGCCAGCGUGGCAGCUGCCCUGUGCAUCCAGGUGGCGGGCGCCAUGCCCAGCAUGCCCAGCAGGCAGCAGGUGGACGCUGAGCUGGCGGCAGCCUAG